AUGAGAUUAAGAGCUCUUAAUCUCACGGUUAGAAUAGAUUCGGUGAGCAACGGCACCAGCCGCUUUUGUUCUAACCGUAAGAUUAAGCUUAAUCUCAUGGUUAGAACAAAAGCGAUUAGUGUCGUUGCUCACCGAAUCUAUUCUAACCCCUCAGCAUGUUCAGUCACCGCCUCUCUCGUCGGAUCAUCUCUCAGUUACGUACAAUCACCUCAAAUUUUAGCUUGCAAUCAUUUAAUUGCUCACAUAUUCUCAUUUUCCCAACCACGGGAUCAGAAGAUAGAAAGAGAAAUGGGGCAGGCGUUCACCCGGGUUUCCUCCAAGAAGGAAGUGAGCAUUCUAAUGGUUGGUCUUGAUGCUACUGGUAAGACCACCAUCAUGAACAAGCUUAAGCUUGGAGAGAUCAUAACUACCUCUCGUACCAUGGGAUUUAACGUCGAGGCUUUUGAGAACAACAACAUCAACUUCACUAUUUGGGAUUUCGAUGGUGACGACAAGAUCCGUCUAUUGUGGAGGCACUACUUCCCAAACACCCAGGGAAUCAUAUUUGUGGUUGACAGCAAUGACAGGGAUCGUAUUGUGGAGGCAAGGGAUGAACUGCACAGGAUGUUGAAUGAGGAUGAGCUUCGAGAUGUUCCAUUACUUGUAUUUGCCAACAAACAAGAUCUCCCCCAUGCAAUGACUGUUGCUGAAAUAACAGACAAGCUUGGCUUGCACUCGCUAAGGAAGCAUCACUGGUACAUCCAGAGUACCUAUGCCACGUCCGAAAAGGGGCUUUACGAGGGUCUCAAUUGGCUCUCUUAAACCAUUCCUUAUGAGGCAAGUUCUCUUUAUCCGAUAGUGUUGAUACACUUUCUUCUUCAUUUGUAUUCGGUUCAGUUUCUCACAGUCGCUCUGUUCUUGCAAGCAUGAUGUCUGAGUUGAUGCCAAGUUGGAAGUUUAGGUUUAUCAAUAAUUAAUCAUAUGUACGUGCCAGUUAAUGGACCUUUCUGGUUUUUGUUUAGAACUUCCAAAGAGUUCUGAUGUGUGUUCAGUUAUGUAAUUCUCUUAAAGACA